AUGGCAACCGUCUCCAAUGGCUCUGAGUACGACUUUAUCGUCGUCGGCGGUGGUACGGCUGGCAAUGUCGUUGCUGGUCGACUCGCUGAAAACCCCGACGUCCGUAUCCUGGUUGUUGAAGCCGGUAUUCCGAACCCGGACCAAAUCGAAGAAAUAUCCACGCCGUCAAAAGCCUUCACCCUUCGCGGUAGCAAGUAUGACUGGGCUUACAAAACGACUAUGAUAAAGCGCGACGACUACGAGCGCAUUGAAAAGCCCAAUACUCGUGGAAAGGCCCUCGGUGGAAGUUCCUGUGCCAAUUACUUCACCUGGAUCCCGGGCUCGAAAGCCACCUUUGACGAAUGGGAGAAAUUUGGCGGUCGAGACUGGAACUGGAACAGCUGCGUGGAUUAUCUGCGCAAGUGCGCCACAUAUCACGACGAUGAGAAGAUGUAUCCGGCCGAACUGAGCAAGAUUGGGACCGGGGGUCCUGUGCAAAUCUCCCAUGCAGACUUGGUUCCGGAGAUGCAACCCUUCCGCGAUGCCCUUACUCAAGCUUGGGUCUCUAAAGACCAGCCUCUGACCGAGGAUAUCUUUUCAGGAGAAAUGAAAGGUCUCACGCACUGUGUAGACACCAUUCACAAGGGCGAGCGACAGGGUAGCUUCCUAUAUCUGAAGAACAAGCCUAACGUGACAAUCCUCUAUGGCGUUCAGUCAAAGCAGUUGAUUAUCGAUCCGACAACACGAAUUUGCUCCGGUGUCACUGUGAUCAACGAGGCCUCCAAGACCGAGAUCAGCAUUUAUGCUACUCGCGAGGUGAUUCUGUCUCAAGGUGUUUUUGAAACGCCCAAACUUCUUAUGCUUAGCGGUGUCGGCCCAGCGGCGGAACUAGCUAAGCAUGGGAUCGAUCUUGUUGUUAACUCCGAUCACGUUGGUCAGCAUCUCUUGGACCACCCAAUUGUGCCCUUCGUACUUCAGGUCAAGGAUGGCUAUUGCCUGGAUGAUCACAUUCUCCGACCCGGUCCUCUCUAUGACCAGGCACUGGCAACUUACCAGCGUGAAAAGACAGGCCCUGCAAGCUCCGGCUUUUUGGAGCUUGUGGGAUUCCCUCGCAUUGAUGAACGACUAGAAAAGUACCCAGCCUACCGUGAGGCCAAGGUUGCGAAUGGUGGAUUGGAUCCAUUUGGACCCGCGGGCCAGCCUCACUUUGAGCUCGACUUCGUCGGCCUAUUUAGCAGCGCAUUCCAGUGGCACUUCCCUCUACCAGAGCAGGGAAGCUACAUGACUGUCAUUGUCGAUCUGCUGCGACCCUUGUCCGAGGGCGAGGUUACCCUGAACAGCUCGAACGCCCAGGUUCAGCCCAACAUUAACCUCAACUUCUUUGCCAAUGACUUGGACAUUAUGGCCAUGCGUGAGGGCGUGCGAUGGACAUAUGAUGUUUUGACCAACGGCGCUGGGUUCAAGGACAUAGUCGUCCGCGAGUACCCCUGGAAAAUGCCUCUCCAUUCUGAUGAUGAGAUGGACAAGGCUGUUCUGGAUCGAAGCCAGACGGGAUUCCAUCCCUGCGGUACGGCACGACUCUCGAAGAGCAUCCACCAAGGUGUGGUUGACUCGAAGCUCCGAGUUCAUGGAGUGCGCAACCUCAGGAUUGCGGAUGCGUCCGUCAUCCCCGUGAUCCCUGACUGCCGUAUUCAAAACUCGGUGUACAUGAUUGGCGAGAAAGCUGCGGAUAUGAUCAAAUCUAAGCAUGAGGAUCUCUAUCAGUUAGAUAGACUUUCGUACUUUAGCCCCAGCAAAUUGUAAUCUAGAUCUUUCGCCUUG